UCAUCUUCUUCUUCAUCAUCAUCCUCUUCAUCAUCAUCAUCCUCUUCAUCAUCAUCUUCUUCAUCAUCAUCCUCUUCUUCUUCUACUUCUUCUUCUUCAUCAUCAUCCUCUUCUACUUCUUCAUCAUCAUCCUCUUCUUCUUCUACUUCAUCAUCAUCCUCUUCUUCUUCUACUUCAUCAUCAUCCUCUUCUUCCUCUUCUUUUUGUCUUCCUCUUGCAGGUCACUGCUCAUGCGCAGAUUUUUUAUCGGUAAAAAAUCGGCCGAUUUGCCCAUUAUUGCCGCGAAAAUCGGCCAAUCGGCAAAAUCGGCCG